CGUCCGGGUGUAGCAAGAUGGCGACCUCCAGAGGCGGAAACGUGGGUACCAGCUCCAGGAGCAAAGAAAUCGAUGCCGGAGGCUGGUUUGUGACCCUGGCACUAGGGGUGUCUCUGCUGAAAUGUCUCCUCAUACAAACAUAUCAUUCCACAGAUUUUGAAGUCCACCGAAACUGGCUUGCAGUCACGCACAGUUUACCCAUAUCCAGGUGGUACUAUGAGUCAACCUCUGAGUGGACGCUGGAUUAUCCUCCAUUUUUUGCUUGGUUUGAGUAUUUACUCUCUAAUGUGGCUCGGUACUUUGACCCAGAGAUGCUUAAGAUCGAAAACUUGAACUAUGCCACUCAAGCUACCGUCUAUUUCCAGAGAUUCUCUGUCAUCGUCACUGACAUUCUCUUCAUAUACGCAGCUAAGCAAUGCUGCAGUUGUGUCAAUAAGAAGAAUGACCAAGGUGAUCUCCUGGAGAAACCAUCAUUUGUGCUAGCUGUCCUGCUUCUCUGGAACUUUGGGCUUUUAAUAGUGGAUCAUAUUCAUUUCCAAUAUAAUGGCUUUUUGUCUGGGAUCAUGCUCCUUUCUAUUGCACGAUUAUUUCAGGGGCGGUAUGCCGAAAGUUCAUUUCUCUUUGCCACUCUUCUGAAUUUCAAACAUAUCUACCUGUACAUAGCCCCGGCAUAUGGGAUUUACUUAUUGCGAUCUUACUGCUUCACGGGAAACAAUCCAGAUGGGUCCCUGCGCUGGCGAAGUUUCAGUGCUUUGCGUUUCAUCACACUUGCCCUGAUUGUCUCCUCCGUGUUUGCGGUUUCCUUUGGGCCAUUUAUAUACCUGGGGCAAAUACCGCAAGUCCUUACUCGUCUUUUUCCAUUUAAAAGAGGUCUCUGUCAUGCUUACUGGGCUCCGAACUUCUGGGCAUUGUACAACGCGGCGGACAAAGCACUUUCUAUUAUUGGUGUGAAGCUGCAUCUUCUUGACCCAGGCAGUAUUCAGGCCAGUUCCAUGACUGGGGGUCUGGUCCAGGAAUUUAAACACAGCGUUCUGCCUUCUAUAACACCACUGACAACUUUACUCUUCACUGGCAUCUCAAUACUGCCCUCCGUUUUAUGCCUGUGGUUCAAACCCCGGGGGCCACAAGGCUUCCUUCGCUGUUUGAUUCUGUGCGCGCUCAGCUCGUUCAUGUUUGGCUGGCAUGUUCAUGAGAAAGCCAUCCUCUUGGCUAUACUUCCUUUAAGCAUACUGUCCGUGAUCAGUGCAAGGGAUGCUGGAAUAUAUUUGCUUUUGGCCACUACUGGCCAUUAUUCCCUCUUUCCUUUACUCUUUACAGCUCAAGAACUUCCAAUUAAGGUUUUGUUGAUGGCAAUUUUCACGAUAUUCAGUGUCACCUUCCUGAGGGCAUUAUUCAGGAAAAAAGGUCCUUUAUUGGGCGGUUUGGAGACUCUCUAUCUCUGUGGACUGAUACCCCUGGAGAUAUUCUGUGAGAUCGUAUUCCCACUCACCUCCUGGCAACAGAAACUUCCUUUCUUCCCGCUACUUCUAACCUCUGUCUACUGCGCUGUGGGAGUAAGCUACGCUUGGCUCAGACUUUAUAUUUCCCAAUUUGCAGAAUUAACGCCAGCCAAAAAGAAGAAUUUAUGAAGAAGUUGCCAUUAUUUUGAAAAAAAAUCACGUUUAUUUAAAAAAAAAAAAAA